UCCUCUGACUUCCAGGCUUGAGCUCUUUCCCUUGGGCCAAUCACUCAGUGGUAUUUAUCGAGUACCUUCUAGGUGGAAAGUACUGUACAGCAGGGCAUGGGAAGUGCUAAAGUGCCAUUAAAAAAAUGACACCUUCCCUUCCCGCGACGAGUCCAAGUUAGUAAAACCCCCAGUCCAGAUCCGUGAGGCGUUGGUUCCGAUCCAUUAUCCAGGAGUGGAUCGGUUCCCCCGCCUGUCCCCCCAAUUAACCAGCUCCUUCCAGGGGCUGAUUUUAAAAAAAAUCAAAUCUCACGGACUCCGGGGCCAGAGCCAGGCCUGGAGUUCCAAUACAGGGCCUGACGUGGGUGUAAUUUUUCCCUCCACUCACCCCACAAAAACUUAUCUGGAAAUCCUAUAUGUAUUCAGGUCAGUAAAAUGUUGAGUCACCCAACUUGCUCUCUUGUGCCUAGUAGGGGAAAUAGGGCUCCUCCUCCCGCUCCUUCCCUUGUGAAUCGAGAGUUCCCGUCUCCCACCCGACCCCCUACUAAAAUGGACUUUUCCCUCAGUGGUUCGCCAAGCUGUCUUCCGUGGGAGUCGCCGCUAAUUCUCUCGCCCUACGCCGGGUUUGGAACAGUGCGGCUUUCCCUGCCGUGAAGCCACUGGACUGGAUGUCCCCACGAGGAUCUGUGGCACGGAGGGCCUUGGCCCCUGGGGGCAAGGGAGUGUCUCCACCCGCCCGAUCAGCGGGGAAACCGAGGUCCAGAGGGCAGCGGCAGAGAUUGGGCAUCUGGGCCAUCUCUGAGGCGUCUCUCCGUCCACUCCUCCCGCCCUGUGGGAACGGGCCUGCUUCCUGCCGCGGGCGCGGAGAAGAGCGGAGGAGAGGAGGGGACGGAGCCAACAGAACCAGGUCCAGGCUCCUGACCUCUUCCGGCAGAUGGAGUCCAUCUCUCUGAACCCUGGACUUGUCUGGCUCUUUCUCCUCCUCUUCCUGCUCCCAACUGUGAUGGUUACUGCCCUGUGCUUGUGCUGCCGUGACCUUCCAGACUCGCCCUCGGAGUCGGUUUCGAGAGUCCACACCAACUCCCAGAACAGCGGUGGUUUGGUCAUCCUCAAACGCAGCCCAUACAACCAUUCUCCCUGGUCUGUGGUUUCCCAUCCGCCCGUGAGCCAUCCGGAUCUGCUCCCGGUCCCGAGAUCCCCGCAGAAUCUGGUGGGGUCACACCAAAAUCUCUCUGUUCAGCCGGAGCCGGACAAUGACAGCGUGCCCAGCUACGAGAACGAGAGCCCCCUCACUGAGGCAAAGGAAAAUAAGGAUGAAGAUGGAUAUCUCGAGGUGCUCCCAGAAGGCUCCCCGAUCCCCAUGCCCUCGCCCCCGCCCUCCCCUGUUCUCCCGUCCAGCGGCAUGGGCCCCCGGGACAGCGCAUCAUCCAUGGUGUCAGAGGAGUACGAGAAUGUUCCUGAGACGCCAGGGGAAUCUCUGGGCGGGAGUUCCGAGUAUGUGAACGUCCCGGAUGCCCAGGGGAAAGAGAUCCCUUUAGUCCACAUGGGUUUGAGUGACUGCGAGAGCGAGGAGGAGAGACCAGAUUAUGAGAACCUGCAGGAGAGAAAUGAACCCCCCCGGGGUUGAAACCUGACAGGCUCCAGCGACCAUCCUCCCCCAACCAAACCGGGGCUCCGUGCCGGAGGCCAGCCUGAGACCAGCCCCAAACCAGUCCAAGGCCGGCCUGAGAUCAGCCCGAGGCCGGCCCGAGGAGGCCAGCCUGAGACUCCCCCACCAACCAGGGCUUCUGCCCUCCUUCCUGAAAGCAGCCUGAGAAUCAGCUCCCGAGGCUCCAGCCUCUUAACUUAUUGCAGAUUUGGCCAAGACUCUUGCUCCCCCAGCCCCUUAACGCCCCCCCUCCACCCUCGUCUGUCUCUCUCCCGAACCUCCAUGGACUGACAUUCUGCACCUUCGCCUGACAUAUCCUGAGAACUCUUCUGGCAAGGGAGAAGAUCUCCCCUUCCCUCUUUGUAGCUGAAUAAAGUCGGACACUUGCGGAGUG